CCAAUUCAUUCUCCAAAUAUGUAUGAUCUUCCUAAGCAGAUGUCUCUGUCCCUAUCAUGUUCAAGAAGAUUUACGGGGAUCCUAUUGCUUCUAGGGUAAAAUAGAGACUUCUUAGCUUGGCACUUAAAAGCCUCUUCAAUCUAUCUCCAACCUACUCCUCUUGACUUCUUUAUAUUACCAGCCAAACUGACUUACUGUUCCUUGAAUUUGUCAUUCUAUUUCCAUUUCUAUGCUUUCAUUCAUAUUAUUUUCAAUACUUGGAAUGCAUUCUCAUUUCAUGUCUCCUUGGCUUCUUUCAAAGUCCAACUUAGGUGUCACUUCAUAUUAAAAAAUCUUUUCAUUUUGUCCCUUUUCAUCCUCCCAUCUAAUGAUUAAUGUUUUCUUCCUUUUCAAAUUGCAUUGUAUUUAUUUAUCUCUAUACUUUAUAUUUCUCCUCUCCUCAAUAAAUACUUUUGAAUUGAUUAAAGAGAUAGACUUUUAAAGAGUAUCAGUGCUAGAAUUCAGUAUAUAUAUUGCACAUGAAGUAAUAAUAAAAAAUUUAUUAAGAAAAAAUCAGGCUCAUUAUAAAAAAACAAAUCUAUUCUGUAACAUUAUAGUACAGUUUAAAGAAUAUUGGGUUUAAAGUUGGGGAGCAGAGGUUCAAAUUUUCAUCUGGCACCUGUAUGAAUAUUGGUGAAUCCCUUAAUCUCUCUGGAUUUCAGUUCCUUAUCUGCAAAAGGGGAGAAUUGGGCCAGAUUAUUUCUAAAGUCUUUCGAAAUAUAUAAAGUUACUUUCCAUUAAAGUUUCUCUCUCUGUCCCCCCAGGGGAAAAAAGCAAAAAAAAAAAAAAACUUUGCAGAAUAAUUUGUAGUUUUUCCCAUCUGGCUCUUAAAGCUUUUCACUUUUGGAAUAAGAAUGCUUAACAAUAUGCAUAUACAUUUACAUGAAUUUGAGUGGUUCAAAAAAAAUUGGAAUAUUCCUCCUCUCCUUAUUUUUAGCCUUUCUCUCCAGGUGGGCACUACUUACUUUUUCUCCACUCAAUCUUUUUUGUCCUUCCUCAUCUUAGUUAACUUUCCUUCCAAAUCUUGUACUGGGAGUCAGGAGAUCUCAGUUCUGGGCCUGAUUCACUUUGACCAGAUAGAUGUGUGAGGGGGCAAGUCAAUCGAGCCUUUUGAGGCCUCGAUUUCCUAUUCCAAGAAGCUGGACUAGGUCAUCCCUAAGGCUGCUUCAAGUUUUAAGUUCUACUAUUUUCUCUUUGAAGAUAUAGCAGUGAAACCAGCAUGUGUCCAGGAAUGUAAUAAUUUAUGAAUAAAAAGAUCAGUCAAGUAAAAUGUUACUUUUUGCUUAAACCAUCUUGUAUUGUGAAUUUGUUCUUUAUAGACUUUUAACAACUCAUAACAAAAGGGAAACUGUCAGUUGGUGCAUUUAGAGUCCACCCCUGGUGUAACAACAUUACAAAAUUAUUGUAAGCUAGAGGAACUACCCUCUUGCAGAUAAACCCCUCUUGCAGAUGUCAACUGUUCAACAUCCUGAAGAAUAAAAUGUCUCUGGAGCAGCUUGGCCAGGAAGUAAGUACCACGUUAGCCGCUUUUGCUUACGAUUAUCUUCCAUGCACUUUUAAGCCGGUUUAUAUCAAAUAUGAUUUCAAGUAAGCCUCAACCUGCUUAGGCAAGCAUGCAGCUGAAUCAGCCAGCGGUGGGCAGCUGCUAAAUUCGGAGACUGAAAAGGGGUUGAUUUGGUUGUAACCUGUGUGCCCAAUUUGGGAGGGGACCCAAAAAAUGAAGUAGGAAGAUGCCAUCUAAAAGAUUACACUGUCCACUCUCAAAUCGUGACUCUCACCUGGUUUGAAAACCCAGGGAAGUGUAUGUUGGGAAUCCCACUAGGAGAGGGGUUAAGAAAAGGAUGGAGGAGGAGGCAAUACUUAUUUUUCAAGCCGAAUCUCAUCCCUUAGCCCCUUCACCUCCUCCAGGGGAUCCACUCUGGUCCCUACGGGGUUUUCAACGACUCAGACAGUUGCAAAAAGGGGCUGGCUGCCCCUCAGGGGAGCCUGUCCUGCGCGAUCGCUUCUUGCUUUCCUCCCUCCUGUCCCAACAGCUCAGCGCAGCUUCCCGGGCGCUAGUGACGGUGGAGCGGGCUGCUUUCGGUUCCAUGCCAUAUAUGGAAUGACAGCAGGGUCACGUGUGACUCCGGGAGGCUGCUGCGGCUCGGGAGCCCCGGAGGAAGGAGCGGGAGGGAGGGGAGCCCGCGAGCCUGGCAGCUAGCUCCGGGAGGGAGAAGGAGGAGGAGGAGGAAAGGGAGGGAGAGGGAGGAGGAGGAGGAGGAGGAUUCUCUGUCCGUGGGAGGCAGCGGCGGCAGGACUGGAAGAGCUGGAGAAGCCUCGGGGAGAAAGAAGAGGCGCUGGAUAGAAGGAAAAGCACGGGAAAGGGGUGGGUGGGUGGGAUCGGGGGUCCGGAGAGAAGACUCUGCGGAAGAAAAGGGAAUAGCCGGCAAAGCGGGUCACUUGUCCCGGACCGUAGCCGGUGGAGACGGCGGGCGGAGGCAGCAGCGGCGGCAGCAGCAACAGCGGCAACAGCGGCAGCAACAGCUGCAGGAGGAGGAAGAGCGGAGAAAGAAAACGACGUCCAGAGCGGUGGACGGAGCAGCCACAAUCCCCGCAGGUCAGCUCGCUUCGCCUCGCCGGGACGCAAGCAUUGGCUGCCCCUGGCAAGGUAGCGAUCCCUGCCGGCGGACUGGAGCCGGCUGGAUGUGAUGGAGCCACAGCACGUGUAUUCCUCUUACAGCGCCCGCAGCCCGGUAUGGGAGGAACUGGAGUCGGAAAGGAUGGCCGGGGCCGGAGUCCAGCACCACCCCCCGGGCGCUGUCGGAGCCACCACGGCUGCCUCUGCUGCAGCCACGACAACCUCAGCUACAGCCGCCGCUGGCGUCGGCCCAGCCGGCCCUGGAGACGAAUCGUCCGACAGCGAGGCGGAGCACGAGGGGCCGCAGAAACUGAUUCGGAAAGUGUCCACGUCGGGGCAGAUCCGGAGCAAGGUGAGGACCAGUAUUAAGGAAGGAUUACUACUGAAGCAGACCAGCUCCUUUCAAAGGUGGAAAAAACGCUAUUUCAAACUUCGAGGUCGAACACUCUACUAUGCGAAGGACUCAAAGUCUCUAAUAUUUGAUGAAGUUGACCUCUCAGAUGCCAGCGUAGCUGAAUCAAGCACAAAAAAUGUCAACAACAGUUUCACGAUAAUCACUCCAUUCAGGAGAUUGGUAUUGUGUGCUGAAAACAGAAAGGAGAUGGAAGACUGGAUUAGUUUACUGAAGUCUGUACAGUCAAGGGAACUUUAUGAGGCGGCACAGUUUAAUGUGGAACAUUUCUCAGGGAUGCAUAACUGGUAUGCCUGCUCCCAUGCUCGACCUACCUUUUGUAACGUGUGCCGAGAGAGUCUUUCUGGCGUUACUUCCCAUGGCCUGUCUUGUGAAGUGUGUAAGUUUAAAGCACACAAAAGAUGUGCAGUGAGAGCAACAAAUAAUUGCAAAUGGACCACUCUAGCUUCCAUUGGGAAAGACAUCAUUGAGGAUGAAGAUGGUAUAGCCAUGCCCCAUCAGUGGUUAGAAGGCAACUUGCCCGUCAGUGCCAAAUGUGCAGUCUGUGAUAAGACCUGUGGCAGCGUCCUACGUCUCCAAGACUGGAAGUGCCUUUGGUGUAAAGCUAUGGUACACACUGCCUGCAAAGAUUUGUUUCCUUAUAAAUGUCCACUUGACCAAUGUAAGGUAUCUAUCAUACCCCCGAUUGCACUGAACAGCAUAGAUUCUGAUGGAUUUUGGAAAGCAACAGCUCCACCAUGUCGUGCUAGCCCUCUUUUGGUAUUUGUCAACUCUAAAAGUGGAGAUAAUCAGGGAGUAAAGUUUCUCCGUCGAUUUAAACAGUUAUUAAAUCCGGCUCAGGUGUUUGAUUUAAUAAAUGGAGGACCUCACUUGGGCUUACGAUUAUUUCAGAAGUUUGACAACUUCCGGAUUCUUGUAUGUGGAGGAGAUGGAAGCGUUGGUUGGGUUUUGUCGGAAAUUGAUAAACUCAGCUUGCACAAACAGUGUCAGCUGGGAGUCUUACCCUUAGGUACAGGAAAUGACCUCGCUCGGGUUCUUGGCUGGGGUGGUUCAUGCGAUGAUGAUACCCAGCUACCACAGAUAUUGGAAAAGUUGGAAAGAGCCAGUACAAAAAUGCUUGACAGAUGGAGUAUAAUGACAUAUGAACUCAAAUUGCCAACAAAGCCUUCUAUCCUUCCCAUCACUCCAGAAGAGGAAAAUGAGGAAUCUCAUAUGUCAUCUUAUGAAGACUCAGUUGCGGCUCAUCUUGCAAAAAUCCUCAAUUCUGAUCAACACUCGGUGGUCAUAUCAUCUGCUAAGAUUUUAUGUCAGACCGUAAAGGACUUCGUUGCUAAAGUAGGGAAGACGUAUGAAAGAACAGAGGAAAAUAGCAAUGUAGCAGACGCCAUGGCCAUUAAAUGUGCAAUAUUAAAUGAGAAACUUGACCAACUACUGCAGACUUUACAUGCGGAAGCUCAGACAGUCCCAGUAUUUAAACAUCACAGCACUUCCAAUGUUGAAGGAGAAUCUGUGGACUUUUCAAGUGAAGAAUCCUUAUCUGAAAGCAAGGGGCGCAUUGUGGAGGGUGCCCCAAAGACGCCAGCACAGAAAACUUUCAAGCCAAAGGAAUUAAUGUUGAGAGCAAACAGUUUGAAGAAAGCAGUGAGGCAAAUUAUCGAACAGGCUGAAAAAGUUGUAGAUGAACAGAACAUUCAUACUGAUGAAGAGGGUAACCUGUUGUCAACUCCCCUGGAUGACAGUAGAGAAACAGAAUAUUCUAAAGAAGAUAAAGAAGAUGAUGGAAAGGAAUAUCCAUCUGUUAAAAUUGCACCUCGGUCCCCAGAUACAUGUAUCAACCAAAGCUGUUCUCAACCUAUCUCAAUUUCUGGUCCAGUAUUGACAUCCAACAAAGAAAAUCUUCCUGUGCUUAAUACCAGAAUAAUUUGUCCAGGUUUAAGAGCAGGAUUAGCUGCUUCAAUUGCUGGGAGUUCUAUUAUCAGCAAAAUGUUAUUAGCAAAUAUUGAUCCCUUUGGUGCUACGCCAUUUAUUGACCCAGAUCCAGAUUCACUAGAAGGAUAUUCAGAAAAAUGUGUUAUGAACAAUUACUUUGGAAUUGGAUUAGAUGCAAAAAUUUCAUUAGAGUUUAAUAAUAAGCGAGAGGAACAUCCUGAAAAAUGCAGAAGCCGAACUAAAAACAUGAUGUGGUAUGGAGUCCUUGGAACCAAAGAGUUAUUACAAAGAACCUAUAAGAAUUUAGAACAAAGAGUUCAGCUUGAGUGUGAUGGACAGUAUAUUCCCCUUCCCAGUCUACAGGGAAUAGCAGUGUUGAAUAUCCCAAGUUAUGCUGGAGGUACUAAUUUCUGGGGUGGAACUAAAGAGGACGACAUAUUUACUGCACCAUCAUUUGAUGACAAGAUACUGGAGGUCGUUGCAGUAUUUGGUAGUAUGCAGAUGGCAAUGUCCAGAGUCAUCAAACUACAGCAUCACCGAAUAGCUCAGUGUCGGUCCGUAAAGAUAACCAUACUUGGAGAUGAAGGGGUGCCAGUACAAGUAGAUGGAGAGGCAUGGAUCCAGCCUCCAGGGAUUAUUAAAAUUGUGCACAAAAACAGAGCUCAGAUGUUAACAAGAGACAGAGCUUUUGAAAAUACCCUCAAAUCUUGGGAAGACAAACAAAAGUAUGAUGCUUCUAAGGUACCCUCCCGACCUCAGUUAUAUCCACCACAAGCUAUUGAUUUAGCAACAGAAGAGGAAGUUACACAGAUGCAACUCUGUUCACAGGCUGCAGAAGAACUUAUUACUCGAAUCUGUGAAGCAGCAAAAGUACACAGUCUUUUGGAGCAAGAAUUAGCUCAUGCUGUGAAUGCAUGUUCCCAUGCCCUGAAUAAAGCUAAUCCAAGAUUUCCUGAGAGUCUUACCAGAGAUACUGCCAUCGAAAUAGCUGUCAAUGUGAAGGCACUAAAUAAUGAAACAGAGUCUUUACUAAUUGGGAGAGUUCCUUUGCAGUUGGAAUCUCCUCAUGAAGAACUGGUAUCCAACGCUUUACAUGGUGUGGAGGUGGAAUUGCAGAAAUUAGCAGAGAUUCCAUGGCUUUAUUGCGUCCUACAUUCAAAUGAUGAUGAGGAUCCUCCUUUGGAUUAUACAAAAAGAAACAAAAGCACUGUAUUUCGCAUUGUGCCCAAAUUUAAGAAGGAGAAGAUCCAGAAGAUGAAGGCGAACCCACUACCUGUUCAAAAGUGGGGCACAGAUGAAGUUGCUGCUUGGCUGGAUCAGCUCAAUUUGGGAGAGUACACAGAAAUCUUCAUCCGCCAUGACAUCCGAGGGGCUGAGCUUUUGCACCUGGAAAGGCGAGAUCUUAAGGAUCUGGGGAUAACGAAAGUGGGUCAUAUGAAGCGAAUUCUUCAGGGAAUUAAAGAGCUAGGAAAGAGCACUCUGCUGUCUGAGGUGUAAUCCUACUGGUGCUAAUUCUUGAAAGAGGGAAGAUUAUUAGUAAAUGCAAAAUUAUUGGAGGCAGUUUGCUCUCCUCGUAGUUUACUGUGUGGAUAAAAAAAGCACUAAUGCACCCCAAAUAGCAAAGAUGAUCACAAACUGAGUGGAUUUCCUGUUGAUAAUCAUCUUGACAGUAUGAAAUUAAAAUGCAGUUCCUCCUGACCUUUACGCUGCAAAAACUAGUCUUUCGGUGGUAUUUCUCUUCUUUUUCAAUCUUUGUCAUUUGUUUGUUUUUAAAGAUUCACUUAUUCUAUUGUCAAACACCUAUCAAUUCACAACCAAAAGAGGCAAAUUGGCUUCUAUUUCACAAUGGGCUCUGUUUGAUACAGAAAAGAGUGAAACUGUAUGUUUGGCAAAUAUGCCAAUGAAAUAUAUCUAUUAGAACAUGAGUCAUUACUUUGACUUUAUUUGCUUUUAAUAAUUGUAAGGAAAUGUUGAGUUUUAUUUGUUUACAUACUGUUUACAAUGGCACAGUUUUAUUUUUAAUAUAUAUAUAUGUAUACAACAAUUGAGGUAUUUAUUGCAUACUAUUUUAAAGAUGUUUUAUGUGGUUUUCACCUUUGGAAUAUAUUGUUACAUUUCCUUGUACAGAGAUUUUGGUGGCUUUGUUAAUGUAGUUAGUAAUUUUUAUGACUACUAAGUAACCAGUUUUCGGUGCCUUUUAUUGUUGGAUGCAUGAUUAUAUAUUUAUUGUAUGGAAGUCACUGAGAUGUGUAUUUUUGUACCCUGCUGGAAGCAAUGGUUGAUUUUGUUGUAUAUAAUGAUGGGAGAUGUCUCUCCUAAAGGAUCCUUACUUGAGAUCUUUCUUCUCAAAUAAACAGAAUGCAUUCA